GGAACUCUAGUUUGGGUUGAUGCACCGGUGACCUUUCACAAGGCUGACACCAUCACAGGAAAAUAUGGCGUAUGGAUGAAGGACCCACAACCCGUGUCUCCAUUUACCAAUGAGACAAUUUGGAGAGUUGACACGGUCAGCGCGGAUGUCCGUCAUGUCUUUGAAUAUGAUGAUCUGGACGAGUUUGUGAAAGGCCAUCCUUCCAAAGUUCAUGUGUUGCCUAGAUCCAUGGAGAGCACUGGGGCCGUUGUUUAUCAAGGUUCCCUCUAUUUCCAGAGGCACAAGUCCAGAAUACUGGUGAGAUAUGACCUGAAGAAUGAAGUCAUUGCAGUUCAGAAGGAGUUGCCCGAUGCUGGCUACCAUGGGCAAUUUCCUUACUCCUGGGGUGGAUAUACAGAUAUUGAUCUAGCAGUUGAUGAGAUUGGAUUGUGGGUGAUUUACAGCACUGAAAAUGCCAAGGGCGCUAUUGUGCUUUCUAAACUGGACCCAGAAACUUUGGAGAUUUCACAGACAUGGAAGACCGAUAUUCACAAGCAGUCGGUGGCUAACUCCUUCAUGAUCUGUGGCUCCUUGUAUACCAUUAGUAGCUACUCAUCCCCCGAGGCCACCGUGAAUUUCAUCUACCGCACAAGUACAGGAAGUAGUGCGCCGCUGAAGAUCCGCUUUGAGAACCGUUACAGAUACAACAGCAUGGUAGACUACAACCCGACAGAGAAGAAAAUAAUGGCUUGGGAUAACUUCAACAUGGUGGCUUAUAACAUCAGACUUUCCAAGAUGUGA